GUCUGUCCGUUAGUACGGUACGCGCCACAUCUUGACAUUCGUGCAUCAUUUCGAGAAGAGCAACAGUUAUGCCCUCAGAUCAUUGUGUCAUUGGCUGACAAGGUCCAAUAUUAAAUUUCGUCACGCGUUUACGCGCGCGUUACGUAUGGCGUAUGGCCUUACUCUAUGGUAUGGCAUCGCGGGACAUUGUUCUUUGCUUCUUCCUCGCUGCCUUUCUGUAUUCGAGUUUCGGUCAAGCGAUGCCAAAGUCCGAGGUCCAGCCAGAAUUUCUAGCGCUUCUGGAGAACCAUACGGUCAGUCAAGGUCGUGACGUCUCCUUCACCUGCGUCGUUAAUCAUCUUCAAUCUUACAAGGUCGCCUGGAUGAAGUCCGAUUCGAAAGCUAUCCUGGCCAUUCAUACGCACAUGGUCGCUCCAAACCCACGGUUGUCUGUCACUCACAAUGGACAUAACACGUGGAAACUGCACGUGACCAACGUCCAACCGAACGACUCUGGCACGUACAUGUGUCAAGUUAAUACGGAUCCUAUGAGAAGUCAGACUGGUCAUAUGAAGGUACUGAUACCGCCCGAUAUCACGGAUUUGGACGACUCGGCUGACCUUCUAACGCCAAAAGAGAACAGUGAUCUGCGAUUACGAUGUCGGGCGACGGGAACACCGGAACCCGUGAUAACUUGGCGACGAGAAGACGGACGAAAUAUUACUCUCAGGACGGAGCACGGCGUUCAACGAGUAAAGUCGUACGAAGGGGAGCAACUUCAUCUGACGGGCAUUCUGCGGCAGGAGAUGGGCUCUUACCUUUGCAUCGCCUCGAACGGCGUGCCGCCAACGGUCAGCAAACGAUAUUACGUGAACGUACGAUUUAAACCGCUGAUUAAAGUCUCGAGCCAAUUAGUAGUGGCACCUGCUAACAGUGACGUCGUUCUUCACUGCUACGUCGAGUCCUGGCCGAAAGCUCUGAAUACAUGGUAUAGGGACGAUGGUGUGAAAUUAUUGUCCGAUGAGAAACAUGAUCUAACGGAGAUUCCGUUGAACGAUUAUGCGUAUCAGUUGAACUUGACCGUCAAGAGACUAACUAUGGACGAUUUCGGUAGUUACACCUGUUCCGCGGAAAAUUUACUGGGCAAAGACGAAAGAACGAUAAGACUGCAAGUUAAAGAGUUACAUCUGACGAAAACCACUUCAAUACCUAUUCGCCACAACAUGGAGUUUUUGGACAAAUACGGAUCGAGGAAGCAAAUGGAUAGAAAGGGGAAGCACCAUGGAUUCGGGCGAGAAGCUGGUUCAUUGUCGAAAAAUGGAAAUAUGGGUCAUACAACGCCGAUGUUAAGGAGAAACAGUUCGAACGUGUUGACGGAUGUCACGGUGAAAAAAUCGAAAGUUUCAUCAUAUCCGGCACCUGCACCUGCGCCAGCGCAUUUUACGCCGACCCAACUGAGCGUUCAGAAUAGCGUCACAUCGCUGCGACAACACUCGCGAUUAAACUGCGUAGGAUUAAUGUUCGCUUUCCUAGUGAUAGUGAUCUGUAGCUCGUAAACAAUCGGCUGUUUUUCGAAAUGUACGAAAAAGUACAAAUCACCUUUCAUGGGGAUUCAACAUUAGGGAUUAAAUGAGAACAGGGAAGGGUAAUGAAAAGAAAAGGACGAAAGAAAUGGCGGAGAGACGAGGAGAGAAAGAGAGAGAGAGAGAAAAAAAUCCUUGAAAAAGAUAUCCAUUUUAUCCCAACUAGCGUUCGUUACGUUUUACGUUUUGAAAGUCAUAUUUUAGAUUCACCGACAAUGUUCCUUUAUAUCCUUCUUUUUUUUUAUCUCCAGCCCGAGAGAAAUGGACAGCGACGCUUCUAUCGUGUAGUAAAGUGCACGCACAAUCUUCGGGACUAUAGGUGUUAUUAUUCACGCGAGUGUGAUCAUAUCAAAUUAAUGUACGUUGUUCAGUGGUGAAAAAAAAAAAAAAAAUAACGAACGGUUUUUUAUGACAAUAACUGUAGCUGUAUACGAUAAAUCGGUAAUGAAAAAAAAAUCAUCGAUCACUGAUCAAAUGGUCGCGGACCGUUGUCGUUGUCAGAUACACGUGUAGAAAAUAUAUCUUCACCAAACCGAUGAUUAUUCGAUCUCUAAGUCACGCUGGCGAACGGCAGAUGUGACGUAUAGUUAUUUUCGAACGCGGACAGUAAUGUUAAUUGUUUAUAUAUAUUUUGUGCGUGCGCAUGUUGGAGGGACCGUUGUUCCUCGCUUUUCGCAAAUUUUAUUUCGAAAAAUCGAUUGCUCAUGCAUGAAUGUGAUCGAACGAACGGAACGUGGUCCAUUUUCGCACAUCGGUUCAUGAACGUUCACAUUAGUAACAAAUGAAUGUAUUGUUUAUCGAUGUUAACGUCUGAGUUGUGUAUCUGUGUAUGUAUGUACGACAAUAAACGUUGUUUUUACCAA